AGGCGCAUUAUUCACAGGAAAUCUUCACGAGAGUAACCUCCCUCUUACUAAAGUAACCAUAGUAAUCCGCGAAAAUAAAAGAUUUUCAGUGAUUGUCUUACGUGAUUGACAUUUGUUUGAACCAUUCAGAAAGAGCUACUUAAUGGGCGGUGUGAGAAGAUUCUCUGUGAUUACCCAGACGUUUCACGUAAUCAUGCGAAUAAAAAUGCAAUGUUGAAUAAUGCAGAAUCGAAGAAACUUUUUGCCAAAUCUGUACCUGUUACCAUUAAGGAUGUAUUUACCCAAAAGUCCCGAACGUGUAAGUUAUUUUUAAGUGUGGAAUGGGCUGAAGUUACAGAUGCAAUUUGUAAACGUGAACUUAUAAUUUCUUUGACAGAUGAAAAUGAUCCUUUUUUCUUGCAUAAUCUACAUUUGUCUGAAGAAGACUUUCAGAUUCUGAAGGUCAAUCAAGGGCUUUUGGUAGAUUUUUCUGAUUUCUCCCAGAAAUUCAUUGACUUAGUAGAAAUAUGUAUUGUAGAAGAAAAUAAAAUGCAACCAAAAUUCCUAUUGGUCUUAAAUGUGAGUGAAAAAAUAGGAAAUGCUGCUUCAUCAUCACAACUUGAAGUUGUUGAAACGAAUACAUUUAAAUUCUUGACACAUUUAUCCCUUAAAUUCUUGGCUGCAACAGAAUCUGCUGUAAAGCAAUAUUUAACUCUUUAUUUCAGAAAUUUAAAAGCAGAAAAACAUCAGCUGGAAAACAGGGUGAAUUUUCUGGAAAAAGAUUAUAAAGACAAAUUAUCUUCAUGCCAGCAAGCUCUUCAAAACAAACAAGAAGAAAUUGAAAUUGUAAAGAAAGAAUUUACUGCUGAAUUAGCAGCAUGUGAAAGCAAGCAUGCAAAAGAAAUCAUAGAAGAACGUGAUAAGUUAUUAAAUAAAUUGAGAGAGGAAGAAAAAAGAUUUGAGAAGGAGAUAAAAGAGAAAGAACAUGCUCUGCGAAAACAGAUUCAGCAGCUUGAAACUAAAAUUUCAUACCUUGAAACUUUAAACAAGGAACUUCACGAAAAAAAUCAUAAACUGGAGAGUACUAUAAGGGAUUAUAGGUCAAAAAACCAGUUGUUGGAGGAAGAACUAAAGAAAACUAAAGACAAUCUACGAAACUUCAAGAAUCAGAAUGAACAUUUACAAGCAGAAAUUAAGGAGAAGAGUUCACUUAUUUGUCACCAGAAAGAAAAAAUUGAUGAAUUAGAGCAGGACUUAAAUUAUAAAAAGCAAAGUAUCUCAAGACUCAAAGAGCAUUGCGAUAUUCAGCAACAACAAAAGGUAACUCUUGAAACUGAAUUGGAGAUGAUAAAAUCAACACUUGAAAUGAGUGAAAAAUCUCAAGAAAGGAUUAAAGUUGAUAUAGAGAAAUCAAAUGCUAUAAUUUUGAAAUUGCAGAAAGAAGUGAAAUUUAAAAAUGAUCAGCUACAAAAUAGGGACAAACUACUUUUAAAGCAAGAGAGAAAUAUUGAAGAUAAGGAAAAAAAUAUAGAAAAAAUGAAGAAACAUGUUACCGAAAUGAAAGCUGAACUGGAAGCAAAAAAUUCAGAAGUAGAAAAUUUGUCUUUUACUGUAUCAUCUUUAGAAAGAGAGAUAAGUACCCUUAAAAAAGAUGUCAGGGAUAAGGAUAAUGUUAUUAAAUAUUUAAAUCGGCAACUCACUGAUCUAUUAGCAGUUCCUAAGUAUACUUCUCCUGCAAAUCUUGUGUCGAGUCCAUCCACCACUGAUCAGGCUAUAAAAACAACUAUUAAUGCAUCAAAGCCUAUCAGUUGUGGUAGCCCAUCUAACAUUUCAAUUCCUAGCAAAGGAAAAGCUCACUCAAGGCAAGAUUUAUCAGUUAAUCGUACUGGAAUUUCAUCUCUUUCACCUCUUAUUGGAAGUUCAGGAACAGUGAAAGAUUCAGCUUACCCCUCACCAACUUCUGGUUGUAUAGGUGAUGUUCAGCAAAUGAGAGAUUUAAAUAGGAAUGAGCCCAAAUGUGAAAUUGAUCCUGCUGCUUUAAAUGCAGCAUUUGGAACUGACAAGCCUUCUUUAAAACAUAGCACAGCAAAAAAAGAGAACAAUUUUCGGACAAAUUUAAGAAAAUUUAAGAAAUAAACUGUAUUACAUAUUUAACCAAAAAAUUAAAUAUUUGUUUGCUUUCAUGUUUGUUUAUCAUAAGCAGGAGACUAUUAUACAUGACUGGUUUUAUAUGAAUUGCUUUAAUUAUAUAUAAAGGAGCAGUUUGGAGCAAAUACAUAUAUGUGUGUUUAUUUUGAGAAGCUUCAAUUUAUGUUUCCAGAAAAAUAUAUCAGUGUUGCUUUUUUCAUCAGUUAAAAGUUUCAGGUCACUUCUAUUAUUAUUAUUAAUUAUUUAUUAAUAGACUUUGUUUUGUGUUUGACUAAUAUGAUAGUACCCAAAUUUGAUGUGUUGAUAAAGUACUACUAUUUGUCAUCUGAAGCCUUUUUGUGCUUAUCGUAGGAAAAUAAUGCCUACUGUUUAAGUGUCAACUGUUAUAUUAUUCUGAAGAGCAAAAGAGCUUUAUAUAUAGCACUAUUUCAGUAAAACCAGUUUUAUGGAAUCUUUAUGUUUAUAACUGAAAAUUCAUGAUAAAGUAUAUUAAAGAUAUAUUUUGAAACAAUACCAAUAAAAACUGAUAAAAUCAUUUGGGUCAGUAUGGCUUCUUUUAUAUAUAUAUAUAUAUAUUAUAAUUCAGAGACUUGCAUAUAAAAAUAUGUUAUUU